AUGAGCGUAUCCUUCUCGCCGUACUGCUCACCGUCGACGGAGGGCGGCACGGGCGAGUCGCCAAUCGACGCCAACUUCGCUCACAUCCCCACCGUAGAGGACCGCUUUAUUGGCAUUGCGGACUACAAGGAGUUUCUGCACAACCCACUGGAUGGGUACAUGCACUCGGCGGCGAGUGCAACAGAGGCGCGGUACCGAAGGACGCUGGAGACGCAGAUGGGACUUGGGGGCAGUGGUGGGCUCAUGUUUUUCCGCGGCAGCGACCGCGCGUCCCGUCUCGUGGGACAUGAUGACCACGGGAGCAGCGAGCCCCUUGCUAUCUGGAGCUGCACACCGAGCCGGGCCGAGGAUUCAGCUGAAACGAGUGAGCACCAAGGGUCUCAGCAGCAGAAGCAGUCUAUCUAUAUGGACAGUGUGAUGGGGCCGUACGGGGUACGCGAGGAGCCUCAGACCCCGCCGUCUUCGCCGGUCCGCUCGCGCCUCGAAUGCCGCUACCCGCGGGUGGCCUCUCACAACGGAAACGGAUCGUCCGCUUCCUCCCCGAAGCUAAUGCCUGUGAUGCAUGCCAAGUCCCUUGAAGGCUGUCACACACCGCUACCCAUGCCGAGGGCGUUUACGGCUAGCACACCUGAUGGCCGGUCACCUGGGGCAACCUGCGACGUUCACACGACCCCGGGCAGCCGCUCACUGCGUGGAGAUGCUCUGUGGACAUCGCCGGCCGCCACAACUGCGGGCCUUCGCACGCCUGUGCACGGCUCCAGGUGCAACGACGUCGCCGGCGGCUACAAAUCGAGUCCGAAACCAGGGGGCCUCACCAUGCUGAUCUCCGCAGCGCCGCCGCAGCUUUGCACACCGGUUCGGCACGAGAACGACCUUCUGAGCGUGUCGGUGCGCUCCGCCCAAACCGGUAAUGUCGGUGUGUCCCAAAACGCAAGCCCCGUGCCGCGGAGGAGCGCUCUGUACUCGCAGCACAUGACGUCCCGCCGACCCGCUGAGACGUGCGAUCGCGUCCUCAAUGCAGAGGGGAUCUCCCUCUGCGAUGCCAAAGGACGCCCCAACUUCAGUCCGCUCUGUUGGGGUUACCUUGGUGCCGUUAUUGCGCUGCAUCAGGGAGUGUAUCUGUGGCAGGGGCCGGACAAGGUACGUACACUCAUUGACGGCGUGCAACCGCACGGUCUUGUGAGCGCUGUUGCGUCUUCACGGCAUCUUACCGAAGGGGGUGAUGUCUACAUGGCAGUAGGCUUCAUCAAUGGACUUGUCGUGGUGAACAAGUACCAUGUGGAUGGCGGCGCUUCCACUGGGAGCAGCGACCAAGCUAUAGUGAAUGACUCCGUUUUCAGCCAGGCGAUGCAGACGUCCUUCGUAGAUCACUCAUCCCACAUCAGCACAUUGCAGGUAAUGGGGCAUCACCUUUACAUCGGUUGCAUGGAUGGAAUUUUAACCGUCCGUAAUCUCCGCGAUAAAUCAGUGGUGUGGCGUCUCACUGAGUGCCACGAGCAGAUAGAUUCCGUAUUCGACCCAUCCGACGGAACGGACUGCCAGGUGAAUGUCGGGGCGCCCAUUUACAAGUUGGAAGUCACUCCAGACGGACAGCACAUUGCCGUUGGCACAGAAGACAGUCUCUUUCUGUACCAGGUCAACCGCUUGGGUCCGGGUAGUGGAACUAAGAGGCGUGUAAUCUUUUCGGGAGCCACUAGACCCGUGCGCGCAUUUUCGUGGUGGACCUUCCCGUCCUCGCCUUUGUGCGAUCCUGGUGCUAACGUGCACUCCAGCCCCAACCACGCUAAUUGGAGUGGCUUUUCGCAGACGAUGCUUUUAUAUGCCGGUGAUGCUGAUGGGACAGUCCUCUCGGCCUACUCUGUCGGGGGCCGCUGCGAGAAGGCGACAUGUCGCCUAUCCGCCCCGAUCCUCGGCAUCAUAAGCAGUGAAAUAUCUGACGAAAUAUUGGUUUCACUCGACGAUUCAAACGCAGUGGAGGGAGGAGGAGGAGGAGGAGGAGGAACAUCAGCAGCAUCAGUAACAACAUGGUCAACAGGUGGAGCGUUGCAUGGGGAUAAUGAUGGUGAUAGAGGCAAUGGACUCCGUGACAGUAGCGAUAGUGUGUUGUAUGACCUUUCCAGCGAUGAAGAAGACUCACCGCAUGUGCUAUAUGUGGACCGGCACAACCCCCCUAGUGGCGGCGGUGGUGUUGGCCUGGCGGGACUCCCAGGACAAGCAUCACGCCGCUUUCUACAGUUCGUUGAAGGGCCGCGAACGCGAACGCGACCACCGCGUUUCAGCCCGCCCGGGGGCUCCACACAAGAGGUGGAGCUGCUGCAGCUGUUCCGACUGAAGGAUGGGGGUAGCGUGUUGGAGAAGCAGAGUGGGUUUCUGCGGCUUCAGAGUUCCUCUGCCUAUAUGGCGCUGUCGCCCGACAACUCGCUGCUGUCAACGACAGGGAGCGAAAAGAAAAUGCGGAUAUGGCGAGCCUUCAAUGUGAGGGCACCGCAAAGCGUCGUCCAAUGUGACUUGCGCUGA